ACAUAUAACAACUAUUGAACUAGAAGUAUCUCAAGUCUCAGUUCUCAUCUACCAAUAUCUAACAUAAGUGACACUACCGUUCAAGGCUCCAGCUAUAAAAACCGAAUCAUGCAAACAUAAUUUUUCAUUCCUUCAUUCUCAAACGAACUUCUUUCAAUACCCACUCUCUCAGUAAUACAAAGCUUUCUUGAUUUCACCAUUCACCAGCAAUGGCUUCUCAUGGGAACCAACUUACUUCAAUCUUUUCUCUGAUGUUCAUCAUGUUCAGUACAUUGUUUCUCAUUAGCGGCAACCACGUGACGAUGGUUCAAGCAGGUCGUUAUCUAUUGGAGACGACACAAACUGUUCCAGAGAUUCCAAAACCUACAUUACCUAAAUUUGAACUACCACCAUUUCCUGAGAUCCCAAGCUUUCCAAAGCCAGAAUUGCCACAGUUGCCAAAGCUUGAAAUUCCGGUUCUACCGAAACCAGAGUUGCCAGCACUGCCCAAGAUUGACAUCCCGUCAUUUCCAAAGCCCGAGUUUCCAUCAUUUCCUAAACUUGAAAUCCCUUCUCUGCCUAAGCCCGAAUUGCCAUCAGUUCCAAAGACUGAAACAGCGUCUUUAACCGAGAAGCCUGAGGUGCCAAAGCUUGAAGUUCCAACUCUGCCAAAACCUGAAUUGCCAAAAUUCGAUGUGCCUACUACAAUUCCAAAGCCUGAGUUGCCGAAGCUUGAAAUCCCAAAGCCAGAGUUGCCAAAGCUUGAAGUCCCAAAGCCAGAGUUGCCGAAGCUUGAAGUCCCAAAGCCUGAGUUGCCGAAGCUUGAAGUCCCAAAGCCUGAGUUGCCAAAGCUGGAAGUUCCCAAGCCAGAAUUACCGAAGCCCGAGUUGCCCAAGACAGAACUCCCUAAGCCUGAACUUCCCAACCCUGAGUUGCCAAAGACUGAAUUGCCGAAGCUGGAAAUUCCCAAGCCUGAAUUACCAAAACUUGAUAUCCCAACUUUUCCAAAGACUGAAACGGUGUCUUUAACCGAGAAGGCAGAGGUGCCAAAGCUUGACGUUCCAACUCUGCCAAAACCUGAGUUGCCAAAAUUCGACGUGCCUACUCUUCCAAACCCUGAGUUGCCGAAGCUUGAAGUCCCAAAGCCCGAGUUGCCAAAGCUUGAAGUCCCAAAGCCUGAGUUGCCGAAGCUUGAAGUCCCGAAGCCUGAGUUGCCUAAGACAGAACUUCCUAAGCCUGAGCUGCCAAAGACUGAAUUGCCAAAGCUGGAAUUUCCCAAGCCUGAAUUCCCAAAAUUUGAUAUCCCAGCUUUUCCAAAACUUGAAUUCCCCAAGAUCCCUGCUGAUUUUCCUAAACCUGAACUACCCAAGUUUGAAAUCCCAAAACUGCCAGAAUUGCCUAAGAUUCCAGAAACUCUACCAAAACCAGCAUUGCCUGAGCUUCCUAAAGACUCUCACUCAACCAGCCCUUGAUUGAAUAGUUUCUGAUUUCGAGAUUUUCUAUUCAGUUUGGUAUCCCGAUGGUUUAUGGUUUGUAUAUGUCAUGCCUAUCUUGCUUGCUUUCUAGUUUUCUGUAAUAUUUGGUUCAUACUGAUGCCGUAUACGUUGUUUAAUUUUUUACAGCAGUAUAUAUGUUAUGUCAUGUGUGUAUGGGAUAUGUUUCACUGGAGGGGAUCUGUAUUCAUUGUGAAUUUGAUAUACGUCAUGCUAACAAGCUAGUAUGGUUAGUUGACGAAUUUUUGUGAAAGUAGAUUUUAAUUUAUUGAUACAAAAAACAGAACUAAGUUAUCAAUUA